ACGAGUAUAAAGACCAUCCACUCCACCACCACAUUAAGUUUUUGACUUAAUGAUCAUCGGCUAUGUUGUUGUGGUCCAACAUAAAGAGUCUGCCGAGUUUGGUUUCACUGUCUAAAUUGGAACCGUUUUUGGUUCAACAACUAGUUCACGCAGUAAAGUAUCACUUAAAUACACAACACUCGUGGUCUCCUGAUCUAAUCCGCGAGGAAGCUUGGUCAAAACGUCAAGAUAUCUCCCGCCACCGUCAUCUCCGCCGUGGUAAGAGCUUGACCGACGAAGAUCUCGACGAGCUUAAAGCAAGUUUCGAACUCGGAUUCGGUUUCGGAUCUCCCGAAAACGCUGAUCCAAGACUUUCCAACACGCUUCCCGCGUUAGAACUUUACUUCGCCGUUCAAAAAAGCUACAACGACGCCGUUUCUAACAAAUCAACAACGUCGUCGUCUUCACUCUCCGACGGCGAUACCAGUCCUCACCACACCGUAUACCAAACCAGUGAUGAUCCGCAAACGGUGAAGACGAAGCUGAAGCAAUGGGCGAGAGUGGUGGCGUGCACCGUGAACCAAUCGCCGCCGAGAUGAUAAUUUUAACGACUGUUAAACGUUGUGGGGAUAAAGGUUAAUCCGGAACAGGGUAUGUAAAUUGAGACGCCAAACAGUCGGUGGAGUCCAGUCAGCGUUGUAAUAUUACACACACAAUAGUAAAAUACUAAUAUAUGUUGGACCCAACUUGUUUAUAAGUUAUAUUGUUUAUUGUAUAAUGCAUGAUUUGAUUUGAUUUAUCUUCUUUUAGUAUGUGAUAUAUAAUUUUAUAUAUGCAACAGAACACAAUUUGCAAAAGUAUAUUCUCAGAUUCUAUUGUCUGACUUUUGUCCAUGGGAGAGUGGUGUUGGCUUCUCUUAUAUUCGUUGCUAAGCUUGAUAAAGGAUUAUGCAAAUU